AUGGAGGCUGGAAGACACUUUCUUUCUUCAUCUUCAGCCUUUCCUUCAACAACCCACCUCAGGCAUCCUCUUCCUUCUUCUUCUCCCUCUAUUUCAGUGUUGAUGCUUCAUGAGCAAGCAGUUCCUGCAGUUACUUCUGCGCCGAUUACAUCUGUAGCUCGACAUUUUCCUAACUCGGUUCUUUUACAAGAGCAGCGUGAUGAGUUCAAGCCUCUAUUGCAUGUACUGAAAGAAGAUAAAACAUCUGAGGCUACGUUAGAUAGGAUGCAGAUAGAGACUGGGGCCUCUGUCCAUGAAGAUUUAGACAUUGAUGACUUUUACCCGUUGGUGAACGGCUCAAAGCCCCAAUUGCUUAACCCUGAUAUUUAG